AUGGACCAGACCAUGACCGAAGGGCAAUCAGCCCAGCCAGAAACUCAACAUCUCCUCCGCUCCAAUACCACAAUACCACUCUUUCGGGCCACGGGACGGACACUACGCUCAGCUUCGGUCAGCACUGUCACGAGACUGCUCGACUACAACCCCUCCGGUGGAAUGUGGCAGGCGACCGGGACAGCGAUUGCGCACGCCCCGAAUGUGACGGAUCUGAGAUCGCCCGACGAUGUUUUCUUCGAUGUACACGGCCGUGGUGUAAGACGAGUCAGCACGCAAGAUACAGUCGGCGGUGCGAUAAUUCGGAGAGCGACCGCGCCUACGAUAGAACUUGCAACCUUGCAGGAUGAGAAGGACAUAGCUGGACCAGGUGAAAACCUCCCUGAACCUAGACUUGAUCACCAUAAGAGCAUCCAAGGUCACAUUGCUCCAAAGGUGUCUUGGGCCAACGCCUGCAAAAAAGGUGCUAUUGCAGCAUGGAGAUUCAUUCUUACACCUACAGGCCUCUUCAUCCUGAUUUAUGGUCUCAAUGUGGUCGCUUGGGGAGCCAUGUUAUUCUUCCUCUUGUUGAAUGUCGGUUCAAUGAGCAAGGAGCGCAAAGAAAUAUGGAUUGAAAUCGAUUCCCAAAUCCUCAAUGCGUUAUUCUGUCUAACUUCGUGGGGACUGGCGCCGUGGCGGAUUCGCGACACAUAUUGGCUUCUGAUGUGGCACUUCGGCUCGGCCAAUAAAUCCAAGAAAUCUAUAAUGCAGCUUGCAAAGCGGAAUUCGAGCUGGUUUAGAAUGCGGGAUUCUGAUUCGGAGGUGUCAAGUUCCAACGAAAUGGUACUUCGUGAGACCCUCACCGGCAAGGUUGCUCGACCUACCAAAUCAUGGAAAAUGGAUUUUGUGGUGAUAAAUAUGUUGCUAAAUAGCUUGUUCCAAGUUGGAAUGGCGACAUUCAUGUGGGAGUACAACCGACAUACUCGCCCUGCCUUUGGAGUUGGCCUUUUCAUUGGUCUAGGCUGUUUCAGUUCGCUCUUGGCAGGACUAAUAUCAUGGUGGGAGGGGCGAAAGGUCAAGCUGAUCGAGGGUGCUUUCUUUGAGACGAUACCAGAGAAUGAGAAGCAUGUACCCAUAGAGAGAUUAGUUUAA